CGAUUUCCCACUGGCCGUGAAUGCGUCAGUGCUGGUGCGUUGACAUGUGCGCGGUGCUUGCGUGCCGUGUGCAGAAGAGCAGGAGCGCGACACGACGCAAGACAACGCAAGACUUUUCACGCCAUUCGGACGGACGCUUUGGGGCACUUUGUCUGCGAGCGCCUCAGGUCUUGUCGGGACGAGGCGGCGGCAGAGGACGACGACGAAGACGGCGAAAUGAGCGGCGUGGAGUGCUUCGGCUGCGGUCGAGCGGGACACUGGAUCAAGAACUGUCCCGACGCGACCAGGGGACAGGGCGGCAGGGGGCGCCCCAGCCCCAGAGAUGUGUUUUGCUAUCGCUGCGGCGAGCGAGGACAUUUGGCCCGAGACUGUGAAAGGGCAGAAGACGCGUGCUACAACUGCGGGCGCGUGGGCCACAUCUCGCGCGAGUGCCAGGACCCCAAGAAGGAGCGCGAGCCGCUGUGCUACAACUGCGGCGAGGCGGGUCACGUGGCCCGAGAGUGCCGGCACGGCCACGAGCAGAAGUGCUACUCGUGCGGCGGCUUCGGCCACGUUCAGAAGGGAUGCAGCAAGGCCAAGUGCUACAGGUGCGGCGAGAUGGGCCACGUGGCCACGAACUGCGAGCGAGCGUCCGAAGUCUCCUGCUACAACUGCGGCAAGACGGGCCACCUGGCCAGGGAGUGCCCCGCGGACCAGGAGGCCUAGCGCCCGCCGUCUCAGGCCAGCUGGAGGAAACGGGGACUCUACAAGAACAAACUGUUGGGAGGCUUUGAUUAGUAACAAUUGAAUGAUUUCAACAUUUGAAAGCUUGAGGAACCUCCCCGGACUAACCUUCUGCACACUCCUAUUUACCUCUACCGUACUCUGAUAAAGACGUUCUGUAAUCUUAAACUCAAACAUACAGUCAUGUACACAGUUAUUUUUGGAUUUGUUUUAACAGUUUGGUUUUAGGCUCGGAAUCCCACCCCGAAAAAAAUGACAGCACAGACUCAAAAUUCUGCAAUAUGGCAAAUUCUUUUCUGUUUCCAAGUUGCUUUGUCCUGCUGUCAAAUGCUAAUAAAAUAUUCAUCCAUCCGUUUUCUGUCGCACUUCUCCUCACGCGGGUCGCGGGCGUGCCAGAGCCUCUCCCCGCUAUCAUCGGGCAGGAGGCGGGGUACGCCCUGAACCGGUUGCCAGCCAAUCGCAGGGCACAUACAAACAACCAUUCCCACUCACAGUCGCACCUACGGGCAAUUUAGAGUCGCCCAAUUAAUGCAUGUUUUUGGGGAUGUGGGAGGAAAGCGGAGUGCCCGCAGAAAAGCCACACAGGCGCGGGGGAGAACAUGCAAACUCCACACGGGCGGGGCCGGGGAUUGAACCCCGGUCCUCAGAACCGUGAGGCUGACGCUCUAACCGGUCGGCCACCAAAUAAAAUAUUCUGUUUUUUACAUUCAGUGAAAACCAUCAAGUUGAACAAAUGUUAUUUUUGUACAAGAUGCCACAUGGCUGCAAAAUGUCAUUUGUCGGUGGCGGCAAUAAAGUGGAGGAGGAACGUCUGACUGCUUCAA